AGUGCACGGUGCACCAACCAGCCAGCGACACUCCCUCAUCCUCAAACUGGACGGUGCAAGGUCUCCCCGGAACUCCCACAGCCGUAGCGGCUGUCAACGGUUUAAAAUUGGGUUUCGGUCCAAUAAUAUGGAAAAAGACGGAUGGAAAUACUGAUGACAGUCCGAAAGAUCGCCUCGAUUUGUACGAUGGGCGCCAAUGCCUCUGCUUUGGAGAAGGAGAUUGGACCAGAACAGUUUCCCGUUAAUGAACACUACUUUGGAUUGGUCAACUUUGGGAACACCUGCUACUGUAACUCGGUGCUGCAGGCCCUCUACUUCUGCCGUCCGUUCAGGGAGAAGGUCUUGGCCUACAAGGUCCAGCCCAGACGUAAAGAGUCACUGCUCACCUGUCUUUCUGACCUCUUCAACAGCAUCGCCACGCAGAAGAAGAAGGUGGGAGUCAUCCCUCCCAAGAAGUUCAUCUCACGUCUGAGGAAAGAAAACGAGCUGUUUGACAACUACAUGCAACAGGAUGCCCACGAGUUCCUCAACUACCUCCUCAACACUAUCGCUGACCUGCUGCAGGAGGAGGAGAAGAGCCAGGAGAGACAGCAGAAUGGAAAACUGUUACAGAACGGAGGAGGAGGAGGAGUUGGGGGCAGUAGCGGGACGGGAGGAGGACAGGGUGAGGAGGGGGAGAAGACACAGCAGACCUGGGUCCACGAGAUCUUCCAGGGAACCCUAACAAACGAGACGCGCUGCCUCAACUGUGAAGCUGUGAGCAGUAAAGACGAAGACUUCCUGGACCUGUCUGUAGAUGUUGAGCAGAACACCUCCAUCACACACUGUCUCAGGGGUUUCAGCAACACAGAGACACUAUGUAGUGAAUACAAGUACUACUGUGAACAGUGUCGGAGUAAACAGGAAGCACAGAAAAGGAUGCGUGUGAAGAAGCUGCCUAUGAUCCUGGCCUUGCAUCUGAAGAGGUUUAAAUACAUGGACCAGCUGCAGCGCUACACCAAGCUGUCCUAUCGCGUCGUCUUCCCUCUGGAGCUCCGCCUCUUCAACACCUCAGGAGACGCCACCAACCCCGACCGCAUGUACGAUCUGGUCGCCGUGGUCGUCCACUGUGGAAGUGGUCCAAACCGUGGUCAUUACAUCACCAUAGUGAAGAGUCAUGGGUUCUGGCUCCUGUUUGAUGAUGACAUCGUAGAGAAAAUCGACGCCCAGGCGAUCGAGGAGUUCUACGGUCUAACGUCGGACAUUUCCAAGAACUCUGAGUCCGGUUACAUCCUGUUCUACCAGUCCCGGGACUGAACCAGCCAAUGGGAUUUGGACUCAGCAUAGGGAGGGGCUUGGGCUGCCACAGGCCCCGCCCAGCCUACCAUCCGUUAUAAAUAUUCAGGCUUUACAGCAGAGCUUUGCACUGUGGAGCACCAGGAAGACGGAUGCAGGAUCUUCAGCAGACAGGAGCCAACGAUGGCCGAGCAACCCAUCAGCGUGACAGGAUAUGACUUCAUUGGAGAAGAAGAUCAGCGACCAGGGAUUGUUAUGCUUCGUCAUAGUCAUCAUCAUCCUAGUCAAGAUCGUCCUGAUGGUCUUUCUCCCUUAUGAUUUUGACGGUAGAUUAGAAGAUAUGUUUGCUUGGCUAGCUCGCCGCUUACAUAGCGUGUCGUCAUUACUGGUGUCCUUGUCAUACAUAGUGCCACUGCGGUGGUCUUAAACAGCAGCUUGGUUGGAUGAAAAGUAGAUCUGCCAUUUCCAGAAUGUUCUCCUUUUCUUUGGUGUUGUUGGUUUGGAGAGUGGGGUGGAGAGAAGAGUUUGGUCCCUUUUUGCAGCUCAGCAGAUCUGGUUGUGUUUAUAUUAUGGUUUGGAUGCCAAAAGCUGCACAAAUAUCUGUUUUUAAAGGGACACGUGUGCUCUCUAGCGCCCCUCUGGCAACAACAGCAAACUACACCACACACACACACACUACAAAACGCCUGCCAACCACAUAUGUAUGUUGUCUGUCUCCUAAUCAAGCAAGUUCCUCCAUUGGUGUCAAUGGCAGUGUUUCAAAUGGCACCCUAUUUAUUUAUCUAGUGCACUCCAAACGUACUGCACUAGAUAUGGAGUAGGUUCUCAUUUAGCUCCUCCACUUCCUGUCACCUGAUCUGAACCUUCCAAUCAGAGCCUGUUGUUUUUUUGAACGCACAAGUUAACCAAACAUAGCUGUUGUUUGGUCAUGUUAAAUAUGUGUUACACUGCCAGUUGGAGUAACUAACUUCACUCUUUAUAGGCUACGUCCCAAUAUCUAUACCAGCACACUGCUAAGUAUGCAUGCCCAAUAUAUUCUAAGUAGUAUGCUAGUGCAGAUUUUGGAACGGAACUGAUUUAUCAACAGGGAGCAACGUGGAAUAUGGCCCACUGUUCAUAAAGCUUCUCUGAGUAGGAGUGCUGAUCGAGUAUUGGUUUGGCCAUGUAGAUUGUAACCAAUCAGAUUCUUAUGGACAGGGACCUGAUCCUAGAUCAGAGGUUUUAUGAAUACAGGUCCUGAUCCAUAGCUCUGACAUGGGAGGUGUUUUAUAUAUUAUAUUAGCUAGGACUAGAGUGGGUCCUGUGUUAAGUUGAAUGUACAGUAAGGAACUGGCUUCUCAUUGGUUGGCCCGUACACAGGUCCUGGGGUCUCAACCUAUCCUGAGCAGUACUAGUUAUAUAUCUGCACCACACAUGGCACCCUAUUCCCUACAUAGUGCACUAUUUUUUACUUUGGCUUGUAGGGUCUCAUAGGCGCAUUUGGAGUGUGGGAGAGUUAAACUCAUUAACUUAGGCUUACUGUAGACCUAUCUACCUAGUAAGCACUAGUACACUCCUCUAGCCUACAGGCUACUAUCUACCUAGUAAACACAAGUACACUCCUCUAGCCUACAGGCUACUAUCUACCUAGUAAACACUAGUACACUCCUCUAGCCUACAGGCUACUAUCUACCUAGUAAUCCCUAGUACAGUCCUCAGAGCCUAUAUGGUUCACUCUCUCUGAGUCACAAAGGAUACCCUAUUUCUUGUGUGUGUGUGUAUUAAACAGUGGUUUGCCCCCUUUCUUUCUUUAUAGGUUAUUGCUGACAGUGCGAUUGACACACACACACACACACGGCCAACACACUUGGGUUGAUUUUUGUGUUCGGAGUAAGCGACCUGCGAACACACACACACACACACACACACACAGACAGACAGACAGAGCAGGACACAGUACUAAAAAACAGCUUUCUGUAGUGUGUAUUCCAGCCUAGCUUAGAGGGACAUGAAAUGCUGCCUAAUGGUCCGUAAAUACUGUUCAGCUCUAGCAGCUUCAUAUGUUACCGACACACUACACUGGUCUGUAAUGAAUCCUGUUUUACUUCCUGGUUCUGUCUAACGGGGCUUCUCCAUCUCCUCUCUGUCUGCAGUGAUGUAUAAACACUGGUCUGUAAUGAAUCCUGUUUUACUUCCUGGUUCUAACGGGGCUUCUCCAUCUCCUCUCUGUCUGCAGUGAUGUAUAAACACUGGGUAUUUGCUUUCCCCAGUCCAGUCCUUUCACAUCAGCGCAGAUGAAGGAAAGGAAACUAGAGGAGAGGACACUGCGUUAAACUAUUGUGACUCAGCCCCUCCAUGUAUGAAAGGAGUUCAAAGGUCAUUUUAGCUGUUGGGUCUUUUUAGGUUCAGGUUGAAGUUGACCCCCAGGCACAGAUCUAGGAUCUGUGGGAUCUACCUUUACCAUUAUUCUUCAACUUGACCAAUUAGGUUGGAAACCCUCUAAAA